AUGUUUUUACGAUCUCUGUUUCCUAAACGUCUGUUGUAUGGUAGUGCAGAAGAAGGUGGAUUAUUAAUGAAAUGUCUAGACACAACUGGAGACUCUGUGAGUGAGUUAGAUUAUAUUUAUGUUCUUGGAAUUGUUUCGAAUGAAACAGAUAUAUUACCAAUAGAUCAGGAAUCGAAUUUUAUUAAAAUUCAAUGGAACGGCACAACAACAUCAUAUUUGAAUGAUUUAUCAGAUUAUGAUUGUUAUGGGCGUUAUUGUAUUAAUGGAACGAAAAUGAAAGAAAAACUAUGCAAGGAUCUUCAAAAUCAAGAUGUAUCACUUGGUAUUACAUCAGAUUAUCAUUUUAGUGCGAGUAGUGCGAGUGUUUAUUGCUGCACAUCUAAAUUUCAACAAAUCGUCUCAGAACAAAUGCAACACAAAGCUAUAGAAAGGUUAAAAGAACAAACGAUUGAAGAUCAACUUUAUGUAUCCUACUUAAUUACCAAAUUUAAACCUUUGCUACAAAUGUUAGAAACAAUAGAAAAUAGAACGUUUGAUAUUCCGACGUUCAAAUUAUUGAAAAGUCUUAUAGACACUCCAGCAUCACAUUUAUUCAAGAGCUUGAUAUUGAUACUGGAAUUACUCAAUAUUAACAUAAAAAAGCUUGACGCUGAUAAUGUUCCAGCAUUACAACUGACAUUUUGGCCAAUGAUAUUAAAUCCAUUUAUUGAACGACUUAAACACAAUCGUCCUGUUUUAUAUGAAUUCGUUAGAAAAAGUGUCGUCUAUAUUAUUCCAAAAUGGUCGAAAAAAACUGCAAAAAAUGAAGCUAAUUUUGAGUUUCGUUAUUCGUUUUCAGACAUUGAAAAGACACUUGCACAUCAACGUUCAAUCGUUGAGCAAAAUCUAUGUGAAAUUGGAAUGUCUUAA